CGCGGCAGAGAAGCUAAUCCACAGCAACGGAGUCCUAGUUAUGAUCACGUUAUUCCUAAGAUGGGUCAUAUUUUUUCAUGCUUUAAACUAUAUGAUUUAUGUAUAACUUACUCUUCAUCUUAUAUAUAUGUUUAUUACUUUUUAUGUGGUUAAAAGUUUCCUGAUGAUUUUGGAUGGAACAAAAUGGAAGUACCCAAACAACAUGUUGAUUUCACUAUUAGCUCCUUACCUCUUCGCUAGCCUUCCUCUCGUUAUUUUCCAUUUUUUUAGGGCGGGAUUUGGGAAAUGGAUCGCACUCUUUACAGUUGUUCUCAGGCUUUUUUUACCAAACCAUUUCCCUGAAUUGCUAGAGAUCCCAAGUGCAACGGUUCUUUUUAUUGUGGCUACACCGAGGGAUUUAGUGGAUGCAUUCAGAGACGACCUGAAAUAUACGGGAGGUAUUGUGAGUCUUCUGACGAGCUUUUACCUUCUAGAUAGACACACUAAAGCUUGUGGUGGUUUCAAAAACUCAUUCACUCAAAAGGACAAAUUGACUUACACCAUUUGUCUUUAUAUUCUCUCUUUCUACCCUUUUUUCUCCGCAUUUGCUUCCCUCUUCUACUAAGAACCCAACGAUCUUGCUGAUAUUGUGAUUGGUGGUCGAAGACGGAUCUUGUGGCUUGUUUUUAGUCGGCCGUGAAUAAAAAUAUCAAAAUUUUGAAAUCA